GUUGGUGUCGCAACAAACACUGGCGUGGUGGCAUUCGAACGAUUCACGGCCUUCGAAGAGGUUUUCCACAAGAGAAAAAUUGAAAUAACUAAGAAGGUAAUGUUCGAUGAGAAUGCAAACGCCAAAGCCAUGGAGCAAAGUGGUCUACUCGAAGAGCUGUCCAAUAGCGCUAGAGUGAUUAUCUGUAUAUUUUCGUCGACACGUGAAAUGUCCAAGGAAUUCAUGAGAGCGGCUUUCAACAGCAAAAUUGACGACGUGAAGCGCGAUUUGAGACAACACUGUGACGCCAUUCGCGAGCGUGCAAACAUCUAUGGCUACAUUCCAUCCUAUACGAUGCACUUGCGACUCUAUGCGAUCGCUGUUCGCACAGCGAUGAAUCGCACAGGUAAUCCGGACAUCUAUCAGGAUGGACGAUACAUAUGGAAUCAGAUGAGACGUAUCACUUUCCCAGGUCUCGUCUCGGCUGCCGGUGUAAGUUCUGGGACCGUCAUGAUGGACGACAUUGCCGAACGUGCCCCAAUUUACGCAGCUUUCCACGUGCCGGCUAACAGCGAUACAGUAAGAAAGGUAAAUGAGAUCGAACCAAAGUUAAUCAGCAACUGUGAUGGCCUGAAAACAAAGACCGGCUGCUUUGACCUGCAAAUCACAGACGUAAUGACGGGAUUCUGGCCCUCACCGGACGGUGCUAUGCCGAAAAGAGGAGCCCGCAUGUGGUUUUCGUAA